UGUUUAUAAUACAUAAAUGAUUUUUAUUUAUAUUGUUUAUUUUUAAAUUAACUUUAGUAAGAAUUAGAAACAAAAGUCGAAAUUUUAUCGUUAAAUUUAAUGACAAUAAUAAUAAAGAGACAAAUAUAUUUUACUAGACAUUUAAAUUUAAAAAAACAAAAUAAAUAAUUAUUUUUAAAAAUGUUGUAAUAAUGUAAACAUAUUAUGGAUUAUCGUUCAAGUUGGGAAUUUAAUGUCGGAUUAUUAUUAGCUAUAAGUUCUAAUUUAUUUAUUGGUGCAAGUUUUAUAAUUAAAAAAAAAGCAUUGUUGAAAUUGCAAAAAUAUGGAGUACGUGCUGGUGAAGGAGGUCAUGGGUAUCUACGUCAAUUUACAUGGUGGUCUGGUCUUUUAACAAUGGGUAUUGGCGAAGCUGCUAAUUUUGUAGCUUAUGCAUUUGCACCAGCUUCUGUAGUAACAUCUUUAGGAGCACUUAGCAUAGUUGUAACAGCAAUAUUAUCAUCAAAGUAUCUUAAUGAAAAAAUCAACUUGCUUGGAAAGCUAGGAUGCAUUUUGUGUAUGCUAGGUACGACAAUAAUUGUCAUAAAUGCGCCAAAAGAUGAACAAUUUGAAACAUUUCAAGAAUUAAUUGAAAAAUUAUAUAAUAAAAAUUUUAUAAUAUAUAUUAUUAUUAUUAUAACAAUAAAUUUAUAUUUAAUAUUUUAUUGUGUACCAGUAACUACAACUGGUCAUAAUAAUAUUAUUAUUUAUAUUUUUAUUUGUUCAUCUUUUGGUUCAUUGACAGUCGUCAGCUGUAAAGGAUUAGGACGAGCAAUAUUGGAUUCGAUUUAUUAUGAAGUUAAUGAAAUGGAAAAUUGGAUUACGUGGUUAUUUUUACUAUCAAUAAUUGUGUGUAUUAUGAUACAAAUGAAUUAUUUAAACAAAGCAUUAGAUUUGUUUAACACCGCUGUUGUCACUCCGAUUUAUUAUGUCGGAUUUACGAGCUUUGUAAUAAUUGCCACAAGUAUUAUCUUCGAAGAAUGGAAGCAUAUGAACUUACAAAAUAUUGUUUGUAAUUUUUGUGGAUUUUUGGUUAUCAUUACUGCGAUAUUUUUACUAAAUGCGUUCAAAGAUUUAAAUAUAACUUAUAGAGACAUUAAACAAUUAUCGAUUACAAAUAAUAUUCGGCGUGAUUAUUCCAGUAAUGGAAAAAAUAUUGAUAAUGAUAAUAAUGUUUUCGAAUUAUUAUUAAAUACGUGUAAUUAUGCUAGCUCGUGUACCUGUUGUAUUAAAUGUACGAAAGAAAAAGAAAAUGUUAUUUAGAUAACAUUUUAUUCUUUAACUCGAGAAAAUUUUUUAAAUUUUAUUUUAAAAUAGCAAAUAAAUUAGGGAAUUGACUGAUAGAUUUUCCCGUUUAUUUUUAUUUUAUAAUUAUUAUGAUAAUAAGUACGGGUAAAAAAAUUAUGUAGAUUUAUUUUAGACAAAUGUAACUAGUAUUUGUCUAUUUGGUUGUUUAGAGGUAAACAGUACCUCCAUUUUAAAUCUAAAUCUAUGUUUGUAUGUUACACACUUGUGCAAUCAUGGAAAAAAAAAAAACAUUUAUAUAAUUUUUUUUUUUAAACAUAUCAAUAAUUUUCAACUUUAAUAUAACAGUAACAAAAUGUACAAGUAUUUAAAUGUGCUAACAAUAAUUAUUACUUGAAAAUUGAUAUUUAUAUUCUGACUAGUCGAUUUUAGUUUUUUUUUGUAAUAUAAAUAAUUGUGAAUAUAAUAAUAUUAACAUAUUUAUGUUUUGUGUUUGUAAUUUUAAACAAAUGGA